UCCAUAUGGGAGCGCUUAACUGCCCCUGAAAAAUGUUUCUCCAAGCUGCAGAGAGAAAACCUGGCCAUCAUCGAGAGCUACGGCACUGCGCUCAUGGAGGUGGUGUGCAGAGAUGCUUGUGACGGCCAUGAGAUUGGCAGGAUGCUGGCUCUGGCUGUGUUGGACAGGGUGCUGUCUAUAGACAGACAGGGCCAGUGGCUGGUGUACAUGUGUAACAGCGGGUACCUGCGUGUGCUGGUUGAGAGCAUGAGACAGGACGAUGUGGCCCUGCAAACUCUGCUCACACCUCAGCCUCCACUGCUCAAACCACUCGACAUCUAUGAGUCCAAAAUGGCACUGCUGACCCGUGUGGCUAAGACAGCAUAGGUCGCUCAGCUGGUGGAGUGUCAGGUGUUUCACAUGCUCCCUCAGAAUGAAACGCUCAGGUCUGUACUUUAUAAUCUGUGACUAAGUUACAG